AUGAAUAUAAAAUACCUUACUUUUUUUUUAUUUAUCAAAGAGCACAAAGGGAAACAGGCUGCACAAGAUGGCAAGGGAAUCGGCCUCUUUGCAUCAACCCUUCUUAUAGAUCAAUCCUCUAGCCCCUCAGUUCCUGUUCAGAAAAGUAGCAGCAGUGGUAGUUGCAGUGGUGAAUGCAGCGAGGUUGGGGGUAGGAUACAGAGAAAAGUCCCAAGAAAGGUAUGCACUAAGUGCGAGACUCCCCAUGAAUCUACUGCUGAAUGCUGUGGUGCCCUUGAUAAAGAAUUAGAGGAGCAACGAAUCUACAAAAUUGGGUUCGAAGAUCACACCAAAAACGUUACCUCUUUCUGCUCAGGCAACUUAGUUGGUUUUGAAUCUUCCAGUGGGAUUGGUGGGCAUGAGACUGGAGCAAGUGACAGUUCCGGCGUAGAGAAGCGCCUUGGAGCCCGAAGUUCACUUGCUACUUCUCGGGUUCAUCUUCUACCACGUACAGGAUGUUGUCAGGAGGCGGUGGUGGCUACCAUUAGACACUCAGGAGCCGCUAUACCUGAUGAGUCCAUGCAGCAUGGAGUUGCUGCAACAUCACAUUUUGUUACUGGUCAUGAGACAAGCGAUGUUUGCAAAGAGAAUAGAGCUCCACACUGGCCUUCGAAACAGAUGCAUCGGUCGGCGACCGACACUAAUAUUGCUUACGAGUUCAAUAGUCAGGUUAAAUAUCUAAUUAAUUAG